AUGCGCAGAGCACUACGGCACCAGAACACCAGUGCGCAGAAGCAAAGGCAGUCGACGUCAGGAGCAGGCGCAGUGUGAACGUCGGUCUCGAGAAGUGGAUCCUUUUUUUGCGUCUGUCGAAGAAAGGCUGUGGAAGAAUCCCUGUCCAGCGGUAGGUGGCUGAGAAAUCUAUCCUAGGAUAUUGGAAGAGAAAAUCUGCAUCAGGAAAAUCGAAACAAACCCCGUACCUAGACAUUAGGUCUCUCGAUCCAUUGGGACCUGAAGAUUUGCAAAUCUGAAGGGACUUGAUUGACCAUCUCAGCUGGAAACUGGGAGAGGCCGCUCCUGCUGUUGGAAGGGAUUGACCCAGUUGGGAAACAUGCUGACACGCCAGCGGGCUCGCAAAAGUGAAAGACUGUUCAUCUGCUCCGUGUGUGGGAAGAGCUUUAGCUGUUCAUCCAACCUGCGGGCACACCAAAUCGAUCACAUUGAAAGGCAUCUUCAACGUUCUGACCCUGGGGACAGCUUUGAAUCCUCUGAGGAAAUAAUCCAAAAUCACACUGAUGAGAGGCCAUUCAGUUGCUCCCACUGUGGAAAGAGGUUUAGUCUGUCCUCCCGCCUCGGGGAGCACCAGCUCCUUCACAUUCACGAGAGACCGUUCAGCUGCUCUCAUUGUGGGGAGGUUUUCAGUGGGCCAGAGCAUCUCGCUGAGCACCAGCAAGUUCACACCAAGGACAGGCCUUUCAGCUGCUCCCACUGUGGGAAGAGAUUCACUCAAGCCUCCCACUGCAUUAACCACCAACCGGUUCACUCGGCUAACAGACCUUUUAAAUGUUCUAAAUGUGAGAAAACCUUUAAAAGAAAGAUUCAUCUGUUGAACCAUCAGACCACGCACAUCAAGGAGAGAUUGUUUUUCUGCUCUGUGUGUGAGAAGAGAUUCACUCAUCCAUUCCAUCUUCUGACACACAAACGGAUUCACACUGGGGAGAGGCCAUUCAGCUGCUCUGUGUGUGGGAAGGGAUUCACUCGGGCAUCUGACCUUUCGACACACAAACGUGUUCACAUUGGGGAGAGGCCAUUUUCUUGCUCCAUUUGUGGCAAGGGAUUCACUCGUUCGACCUACCUUCUGAUGCACAAACAUGGUCACACCAGAGAGAGGCCGUUUUCGUGCUCUGUUUGUGGGAAGAAAUUCAGUCAGUAUUCUAUCCUGCUAACACACCAGCGGGUUCACACUGGGGAGAGGCCAUUCAUCUGCUCUGUGUGUGGGAAGAGUUUCCCUCGGAUGUGUCACCUUUUAAUACACAAGCGUGUUCACACUGGGGCGAAGCCAUAUGUUUGUGGCGUGUGCGGGAAGGGAUUUACUUACUUCCACCACCUGCAGAAACACCGUCCUGUUCACACCAAAAAGAGGGUGUUCACCUGCUCCACAUGUGGGAAGGCAUUCACUCUGUUGCCCAGAUUGCAGAGACACCAACGCAUUCAUGCUGGGGAGAAGCCAUUCACCUGCCCUGUGUGUGAAAGGAAAUUUACACAGUUAUACGAUCUGGUGAGACACCAGCAGGUUCACAACAGGAAGAAGCUGCUCACCUGCCCUGUAUGUGGGAAGAAAUUCGCUCAGUUAUCUAAGCUCGAAGCACAUCAGCGAGUUCACACUGGGGAGAAGCCAUUCCUCUGCUCUGUGUGUGGGAAGCGUUUCCCUCGUUUGCCUUACCUUAAAAUACACGAGCGAGUUCAUACUGGGCUGAGGCCAUUCACCUGUCCCGUGUGUGGUCAGGGGUUUGUUUAUUCGUCCCAUCUUGUGAGACACCAGCGUAGUCACACUGGAGAGCGGCCAUUCAAAUGCUCUGUGUGCGGGAAGGGAUUUACUGAUUCAUCCCACCUGCAUAGACACCAAAGAGUUCACGCCAGGGAGAGUCAGCUCACUUGCUCUUUGUGCAAUCAGAGAUUUACCCGGCCAUCCAGCCUGCUGAAACACAAGCAAAUUCACGUGUUUGAGGCAGAGCUGGAUUCUGUUCUUGCUGCUGUGAAACAGAUCAAGGACUGAAUCCUUUUCCUUUUGAAUGGUAGAUUAUUUCAGUUACUCCAGCUCCCAGUAGCUCCCAGAAUGUCUCUCCUAACAUCGGUAUUGUGACGUCUCAUUGGAAAUUGUACACUGGAAAUUGUCCUGCUAUUCCUGGAGUCAUCACAGAAGGUCUAAAUUUAUCAACGAGUGCAAUGUUCCCAAUUAUUGUCCAAAAGACCCAGACUAGCAGAAAACAUAGACCAGGCUUCUGUACUUAACAAGAUCAACCAUUUAUUACAAAUAGAUUCUAACCAUAGGUAAACAGCUAUAAUCUGUGAAUAUAUAAUCUACAAGUCAAAACUCUAAAAUGCCUUUCUAAAAAGCUCCUACAUUCUAAGGCAAAGGAGAAAAAGCAUACAGGCAAUUGACCCAUUAUCUAUGAAGUCUCUUUGUUACCGAUAAACAUCUUGCACCAAUUGAUAAAGGAAAAUUCUACUGGCUUUAUUCAAGCUUUAAGUAUUUUACUGGAAAGAAAGACACACCACUUCUCCUGCCAUAGGUCCAAAGUCUUCUGCCAGUAUCAUUCCCACCCACAAGAUGUUCAGCUUCCCAGGUCCACAACAGUUCACAACUCCACAAAGCAAGAAUCUCUUGUCUCCCUGGUGCCAGCCCAUCUGCCAACAAUCUCUCCCACUGUUUAAACCUGGUUUCAAUGUAAAUCCAUUCAGUGUAUUGAACAGAGACCUGCAGGUUGUUGAUACUGUUAAAGCUGCUAGUUUACUCCUAUACUGCUCUUUGUUUGUCUGUAGUGGGCAAUGUCUGAACUUUUGUCUCAGUGGAACCUUCACUGUUCUGAAAUGUGGGUGGAUGUUAAUGAGGCUCGCAUCCUAUGUCAAGAGUUGUAGAAAUGCAAAGUAGUGAAAUUAUCCCAAAUUGUUGCAAACCUUAUUUAUAUCUGACUUGGAGGACUGCUUGCAGUUCUGGUGGUUAUGUUAUGGAAAAAGUACAGAGAAUCACUCGAGUAUGUAAAGAAGAUCGAGAAGGAUGAUUCCAGAAAUGUAUGUGUGUACAGAUCAGGAAAAGAUUGAUUGAAAAGUUGGGUCACUUUUCUCUUAAGAAACGAAAGCUGAAGGGGUGAUCUAGAAUUAGAAUAAAGGUUUUGUCAAAGAGGAUGCAGGGAGAAUCCCUCCUGUUUUGAAGGAGAGUAUAAUGAGAGACCAUCAAUAUAAAAUGAUCACCAAGAAGUUCCGUGGAGAAUUAAGAAGAAACAUUUUGCUCCAGAGAGUGGAGAAUGUGAAGCUGACUACCACAGUGUAGUUAGAUAGUUUAGAUGUGUUUAAAGAGAAGCUGGAUAAGCGCAAGAGGAGAAAAGAGAAUAGAGAGUUACAAUGGUAGAUUUAGAUGAGGAAAGAUGAAUGGAUCUUAUGCACCACCGUGAACUGGUUGGACCAGAUAUAUCCUAUGUAAUUGAGCUCUAAAUGCAAACAGUGUUACUUCUACUUGUGUCUGGAAGCUGCAUGACAUUAAGCUGAAAAUGAACACCAAACUCCAUCAGGACAUUGCUCCAGACAGCAGGUUGGGGAGGAUAGAGUCCUGCUAAAGGACCACGUCAAAUCUCUGGAACACUUCCACCAAAGACAGCUGAGGAUCAUCAUGAGAAUUUGAUGGCAAAAUUAUAAACAGUGAGGUUCUCCAUUGUGCUGGGUUCACCUGCAUAGCCAAUUACAGCAUUCCCAAGCAGUCAUUCAAUGGGUAACAGUCUUGGAGUAAAAUACAUCAGGGAGGUCAGUAUGAACAAUAUAACUGUGCAGAGGUUUCCCUAGUACCACUUACAACAACAUGAACUGUCAGCUCUGUGGAUGUUCAGGCUGGUUUCACAUAGAGCUCUUCAAUCACAAGGGCACCUACAAAAGAUGACAAAAUCAUUUGGAUGAAUUCCAACAGAAAGGAAUCUACUAUCCUGUUCUCCAUGUUGGGUAACUAUCCUCUGUCUGUAUUAUUGCAGUGCUGUUAAUAAAGUUAUUAAAGUGACAAAAU